AUGAAAUCUGAUAUUGAAUUUAAAAGUGAUCAUGACGAUGUUAGCAUAUCUCAGUUGGCAGUCAAUAAAGCUAUUAAAGACAUAAUGCCUGACUUGAAACUCUCAACUCAAUGUAAAUCAUUCAUACGUGAUUGCUGUACAACGUUUGUACAUUCAGUAGCUGCUGAGGCUGCCAAAAUUUGUGAUAAAGCAAAAAGAAAGACCAUAAAUGAAGAAAUACUUCUGGAGGCUGUCAAAAAUAUUGGCUUUCCCGAAUUUUCCGCCGACGCACGUGUCCAUUGCAAUGCAAAUGAUAUUUUUGAAUCAAAAAAACUACGGAAAAAAGGUCUUUUAGAAAACUCUGAACUUACUAUUGAUGAGCUUCUAAAGUUACAAACGGAGCUAUUUGAUCAAGAAGAAGAGAUGCGGGAGGAUCCUCCACAGUGUUUUGUUGACCGGAAGGGUGAAGAUGAAAGGAUCAUUGAUAGCGAUUAUGACUAA